AUGCAAAAUGUUCAGCAGUGUUCAGAAGGCGCUUUAGAAAUGGAGGACCAUUUGGGUCGUGCGCAAGGCUGUAAAGCUUGUGUACUUUCGAGCACUCGCUGUUCUCACAUCGACGAAAUGGCUAUCGUUACCAUGAUGGAUAAGUUGCAGUGUUCGCGAAGCUUCGCAUCGAGGACCAUGAACAAAUUCAAUCGCCGAAGGUUGGACGCUGAGGAGAAGGCACGGCGAGAGGGGAACGUGGCAAUUAGUCUCAAGAGCGAAUUGGAAAGGUUUAGAAAACAUCUUGAAGAGAACGUACGCCUACGGUUUGCUGCCACAAGAAGGGACAGGGUUACAGCAAAACAUUUCAUGCUGCUUGAUCAUUUGAUAUUCAUUUCUGCAGCAGGAUACGAAGCCAAAGAACGUGAAAUUGCAAUGCUAAGGGGAGAACUGGCACGAGUGACCGAAAUAGUGAAAUAUUCAGCAUGCAACGCCGCAAAGCCGCCGCACGAAACAGUGUCCGAAUUGCAAGCCAUUCUGCGAGAAGAAACAGACGACGACAGGAUUUACGUAGGAUGGACAUACCAAGGGGUUAUGGGACAUGGAACCACCUAUUAG